AUGACAGAGGUCUCAGUCGACAGUCUGGAGUUUUUCAAGAGCCACUGGACAGCCUGGCGAGUCCUGGGAGUGGCUCACUUUCGAAUCGAGUCCUGGCGGAACUUGUACAUCACUUACAGUAUCCUGAUGAAUGUGUUCGUGACCUUGGGCUACCCUUUUCAUCUGGGAAUGUCGCUGUUCCAAAACCGCACUCUCACCGAAGACAUCCUCAACUUGACCACAUUUGCGACCUGCACCGCCUGUUCGGUUAAGUGUUUGCUCUACGCCUACAAUAUCAGGGAUGUGGUUGAAAUGGAGAGACUUCUGAGGCUUCUGGAUGAACGCGUCGUGGGUCCGGAACAACGUGGCAUCUACGGUCAGGUGAGGGUGCAGCUCCGGAAUGUCCUUUACAUCUUCAUCGGAAUCUACAUGCCGUGCGCCUUGUUCGCCGAGCUGUCCUUUCUGUUCAAGGAGGAGCGGGGUUUGAUGUACCCCGCCUGGUUCCCCUUCGAUUGGCUGCAUUCCACCAGGAACUACUAUAUAGCUAACUUAUAUCAGAUCGGCGGCAUCACCUUUCAACUGCUGCAAAACUAUGUGAGCGAUUGCUUCCCAGCGGUGGUUUUGUGUCUGGUUUCCUCGCACAUCAAAAUGCUCUACAAUCGAUUCGAGCAAGUUGGCCUGGAUCCCAAUAAAGAUGCGGAAAAGCAGCUGGAGGAUUGUAUCACCGAUCACAAACAUUUGCUAGAACUUUUCCGACGCAUUGAGGGCUUCAUUUCGCUGCCCAUGUUUAUUCAAUUCACGGUGACUGCCUUGAAUGUCUGUAUUGGCAUUGCCGCCUUGGUGUUUUUUGUUACCGAGCCCAUGGCCCGAAUGUACUUCAUCUUUUACUCCUUGGCCAUGCCCCUGCAGAUCUUCCCGUCCUGCUAUUUUGGCACCGACAACGAAUACUGGUUCGGACGGCUUCACUACGCGGCCUUCAGUUGCAAUUGGCCCACUCAAAGCAAGAGCUUUAAGCGGAAAAUGAUGUUGUUCGUCGAGCAGUCCUUGAAGAAGAGCACUGCUGUGGCUGGUGGCAUGAUGAGAAUCCACCUGGACACGUUCUUUUCCACCCUGAAAGGUGCCUACUCCCUGUUUACCAUAAUUAUACGCAUGAGAAAGUAG